AAAUACUGUGCUCUUCACCUUCAAUGCACCCAAUACUCGAAUGAAGGGAAAGGAUACAGGUUUCGUGAAAUCGCUUCAAAUCCUAAAAAAGCAAAAUCUGGUUGACAACAAACACCCCAAUCUUAUCCUGGUUGGGACUCAUGCCGCCGGGCUGGGACUGAAACCGGAGAAAUACAUCCAAAACACAAAUCGUAUUCAGAAACUUGUCAAAGAAUUGGUCCUGGAGAACGUCGGAAUUAAUGACGUUCCCGUCGUCUUUGUUGAAAAUUUACCGGAAGAUUUUAAUUUGGACAAGCCUGGAGAUUUCUUCCUUUUACCGGAUGAUUCCUUAAAUCAUGCCAAUUUGCUGCAGGAAAUGUUCAAUUUAUUCACGAAAACAAACGAUACCUUGUGUCGUCUGCUAGUGUCUUGGUAUUUCAGUCCGACCUGCCCAGACAGGGAUGACGAUCCGGAAGUCGACACUGAAAAUGAAUCAAUUGAGCUGGGCGUUGAGGCUGCAGAACAGUUGAAGGAGAUAAAUCAACUCAUGAUGGAUUUAAAUAUUGGAGUUAAACCAAUUCCGUCAGAAACCGUACAAGAUGAAACACACCGCGGCACCCAGACUGUGAAAGCAGCGACCGAGGUGAAAGAUACAAAAGCUCAGAGCCCCACAACAGCAGCUUCGCCUACAGCAACCAUCGCAAUAAUACAACCAACCACCCGUAUUGGUAUGUCCUCGGCCGGUAUCACUACUGCUAAACAAACCCCGACCAAUGAAUCCAGUUGUUUCCCUUCAUGGACAAGAAUCGUCACCAAAACUGGCCCUAAAUUUAUGCAUGAGCUGCAAGUCGGUGAACAUUUGAUCACCAUGACGCACAAUGGGGGACAACGAUGGAGUCAGUGCUACGGAUUUGCGCAUCAUGAUUCAAAUCGUGUAUCAAAGUUUUUGAAAUUACGUCUGUCCAAUGGGUACACCUUAACCGUUACUGAAGAUCAUUUGAUGAUUAUUUGCAAUGAAGUCGACGUCUUGAAGUAUAAGACUGCAAGAUAUAUCAAGGAAGGAGAUGUACUCUUUUGUCAAAAUGGAUUCGUAAAUAUUAUCAAAAUUGGUGAGGAAAUCUGCAGUGGCGUUUACUGUCCACUCACAACCGACGGGACUUUGUUGGCAGAUGGCGUCCUUGUGACUUGUUACGCCGAUACGGAUAACUUUCACCUUGCCCACGCGGCAUUCGCACCGCUCAGGAUUUGGUACAAGCUGACAGGAAGCUCUGGAACUAUAGGCGAGGGCGGGAUUCAUAAGUACGCGAAGUCCUUGAUGAAAAUCAGGAACUGUUUUAUGCCAGCUAAAUUACAGUAGAAUUUGUCAGAAAUUCAAAAACAGAAGAUGGAAGAAUAAUGCAGUUAUUCAAAAGUGUAUUUAUAAUCAAAACAAGUUUUCUUGGAUUUAAUUUAUUAUCAAAAUAAAAUUAUAUGAUGAAUUUACGAAAAUUCCAUGUACAUAAUUCUUCAAUAUGUAUCACACAAGGAACUCGUAAUAAAUAAAUGUCAAAAUUUC